AUGAUGGCUUGUGGCUAUUCUGCAGACGAGUCCCAACCGGUCUUCUGCUCCACGGACAAUUACGAGAAACAUCGGCUUCGGCUACGAGGCGCUUUUGCGAAGGUCUGGUCCGGCCUCCGCCUCGUUUCCGACGGCGUCACCCCGAAGGCGCCAGCCUCCAGGAAACGCGUUCUCGCCUCGGACCGCGUCCCAGGGCGCGCGUUGAUUACGGGCGACCCGCAGCAUUGCAUCAUCAAGAUGAGGCGCUUUGUCAGCCCCCACAGCGCGGACGGUCGUGACUUCCAGUUCGAUUACAUCGACGCCAUCAAUAGGCUGAGUAAGCCGAGGGCGCCAGCCGACGCCGCGGCGGUUCGCGGCUGCUGGAGGCCGCUGUCCCCCGCGGGUCGCGACUUGUUGCGCGCCGCAGUGUCGCCCCCGAAGGAGAAGUACGACGCCGUCGCAGGCCGCGCCCCGGCGACGGCAAGGGAGAAGUUCAGGCAGUUCAUGGGGAAGCCGCGGAUUCUCCAAGACCCAGUGUGGGUGGAGUACUUCGGUGCGCGGCCGCCUCGGGGGACGCUGGCGCGCGUGGCGCGGCGAGCCGGCGCGGCGCUGCACGGCGCCUUGCACCCGCACGGGUGGGGGUCCAAGAAGAGCUUCCGGGCUGAGAUUCAGUGCCUCCGCGAGUGGUACAAGGCCGGCCGCAAGUCCUGGGCCCGGCGCCGGGGCAUCCGCCGAGGACACGCGGCCGGGCCAUGGCGGCCCUCGCGGGACUCUGUGCUGAAGGCGAAGUUGAAGCAGCACCUCCGCGUCCUCGUGUCUCAUCUCAAGGUCGAGGCGCUGUUCAAGUGGCGCGAGGUUGCCGACUUGCUCCACGAGGCCGGCAUCGACAUGCAGUCUGGAACGGUGCCAGUGGAACGGCUAUGGGCGAAUUUCGUGCGCUAUUUCCCCGACGCCGCCAGGGGCAUGAGCCGGGACUGGUGGGAUCUCCUCAACAACUUGGGGUACAUGCGCUACAAUUUCCGGCACUUCAACCACCCGCGCCUGGACCCCUGGACGCGCGGAGACGCGCUGAUAGCAGAGCGCAUAGACAACAUGAUCACGUUGGCAAGGGCCCUCCAGCGCCACGGCCAGGACACCUCUCCACAGCUGGUCGCGCUGUUCAAGGACGUCAUGGGCGAUGUGCGCGACGUGCAGGCACCGCGCCCGGUGCAGCACGCCCGCUGGGGGAAGUACAUGCGUGGGCAGCCGCCCGGGCCCGCCGACCGGAGGCAGCCAGCGGCCGCCGCUGCAGCAGCUCCGGUUGCCGACGCCCCCGCGGCUGGCAAGCGCGGCGCAGCUGAUUCCUCGGCGGCGCCGCUUCGCCUCAAGCAGCAAAGUGUCGACGGCGGCGCCUCGGGAGCCGCGCAGGCGGCAGCCGCGGCGCCGAUCGUCAAGGGCGAGCCGGUCGUCAAGCUCGAGCCGCCCAAGGCGGAGCACGUCCCCAUCAAGAUGGAGCCCGCUAAGCUCGAGCAGGGCGUCCGCCUCAAGGCGGAGGAGCCCGCUGGGGUCGUCGAGACGGAGCCCAGGGAGGGCGCCGUCGCGGCGCUCGCGACGAGCACCCCGCCAGCGCACCGAUGCAGGCGCACCCAGCCGCCGCGCGCGGCCAUCCACCAGUCAAGGCCAGAACAAUUGCAGGUCGCAGCUGUGUCAGAGCCUGCUCGGUCCCGGUCACCGUGCUCGCCGAGGUGCGCUGCGUCGCCGGACCCCGUGUUCAAGUUCCAGCUGCCAGACAGCGCCGCCAGCGGGCCGAGUUCGGAUUCGGACCCCGCCGCGCCCGUCAUCAACGCGGUAACGGCUGCCGAGAAUGUCCAGGACUUGCAAGGCUGCUUGUUCCCCGCCGACCUCUUCGCGGGCUUCCAGACGGAAGCGCAGAUCUACGAAAGCGCGCAGGAGAAACUCCAGGCCAUGCACGAGGACACGCGGACACACCGCGACCUCGCGGUCCGCCACGACUUCAUCAUGACGGGCUCGUGCCCCACGCCCAUCCUCAAGGCUGCAGGAGCCGUCUGCUUGAAACAAGGGAUUCACUUGGAAUCCUUUCUCCUUUGCCUGGACGCGAACGUCACCUGGCUCGAACACCACCGGACGCGCUUGGGUUCUGAGUUCCCCCCGGAGAACGACCCGGCGAUCCAGCUGCAGGACGGCGUGAUGGACGUGAAGGCCAUCCUCGAGGACAUGGGGGAGGACGAGAAGAAACCGAAGCGCCGAGCGCGCGCCAAGCAGAAAGCAGCAUCGGGGCGCGCCCGAUCUGACCCGGAAGCCGCCGCUUCGGCGGAGUCGGGGGCCCCCGCCGAGCCUGGCGCCGCCCCCCAGGCUGCCGCGCCGGCCCCGGCCUUCCACGACGUGAUGGAAUCCAUCCUCCAGCAGGCCUCGCUCGAUCAGAAUAGCGUGGAUGAGAUCUGCCGCAAAAUUGGGGCGGCGCUCGGGCGCGAAGUCAAUGCGGGCGAGAAGAAGAUGGUCAGGGCGGCCUCCCACGAGAUGAUGAGGCAGCUCGAGUGCGAGGCCGUCAUCUGCGGCGGCUCCCCCUCGAGCCGCAAGAGCCGCAGCUGCGAUCUUUCCAAUGACUUGAUCACGAAGUCCGCCUACGCGCCCCCCGAUCUUUCCACGGGCUCGGCGUACCUCGCGGAAGCGACGCUCCGUGGCAUCCGCACCUGCCUGCUGAAGACGCACCGAGCCGCCAUGACCACGGACGAGCUGAUGAACGCCAUGGUCACGCCGUGGUCCGACGGGAAGGACCAGUCACACUGCGUUCCACGGUCCAAGCUCUGCACAUACACGCAGGCUGAGAGAGACGACAUUAUCACAGCCACGGGCCCGGUGCAUCUGCGGUCCUACUCCUUCCAAUUCAAACUCUUCGGCCAGCUGGAGGGCGCGGAGUGGGUCAUGAGGCCCGGCCCUCAGGGAUUCUUCAAGCGCGUCUCGUUCAGUGUGUCCCCCGAUAACAACCCGUGGGAUGAUAGAGUGCACGCGAGCAUGUCCAUGGGGCUCCUCCAGGGUUUACAUGACUGGAUGUUUCGUGGACCUUUCAAGCAGCCGUGCUACCUCCAUUUGAGCGGCCAGACCCAGACGUUCUUGCGAAUCGUGCUGCAGGCAAUCAGAGAUUGGAUUAAGGAGAAGGAGGAGUCCGGCGUCGACGUCAGCAAGUGGUUCAAGAUCAAGCUAGGGUUCGCUUUCUCGGACAUUCUGCGGAACGGGUCGUCCACCAUGCGCCAGGUCCAGUUCCUGACGUCUCUCAGCAAGGUCGGCCACGACGCGGCGCAGCGCCACUGCGUAAUCCCCAUGGAGUUUAUGGCGGGAUUGCACCGAUAUUUUCGAGAACUCGAACUCCACGCUGGCUUCUAUCGCUACGUGAAAUCCGCGGAGUCGACGCUGCCGGCGCAUUCUCGUGAGAGCGCGCUGUCGGAGGCUUUCGAGCGCGCGCCAGGGCCGCCCCGUCUCGACGUCGGCCUGUCCGUGGACUUCAGGAUCAAGCGGGACUUGGUCAUGGUCGGAAAAGGGCUGGGAGUCUUCAGCACCACGGAUGUGUAUCGCAAGAUACGCAACGGUUAUCGAAGCGUCGCUGAGGCCGCCACGAAGAUGACCGAGGCGGCCGAGGUGAUGGCGAAUGACACCAUCCUUGUGAAGGUGGACAAGCCGGCCGGGAAGAACACGCGCGGUCCUACCAAGCAGUAUUACAAGCUCAACUCCUGGGAGGACGUAUCUUCCGAGGGCCGCAAG